ACAGACUACUUGCUGCACUUAUGUAUUCUUAUUAUAAAAUUUGUACAGUUUAUAUACAGGAGUUCACUACUUGCCUGACUUGUAAAUAGCAAAUGCUGAUAUUUUAUAUCCAGACAUGAUUUCCAAGUACAAGGUAAAUGAUACAGUACAAAUUAGAUAUCUGAUGUAUAUUUUUACAGAAUUUUAAACAGUUGGCACUGUAGUACUGCAAGACAUAAGGAAACAAGAACUAUUCAUUGCAUGCAGGAGAUAUAAGAUAUUUCCCUUCUUGUACUUUUUGAUGCACAUAUACACAUUUGCAAUAUGCUGAAACAAACACAGAUGAGACAUAUUUCAAAUAAAAACAAUUUUUAAUGCAUUAAAGGAACAUUUUAUGGAAAGCAAGUAUGGAUUUGCAUAUUGCUGAAUGUGUAUGUUUUCUACAUGGUCAUUUCUUCAUUGCAGGCUUUGUCUCACAUGGGCCAGAAUUACGGAAAAGACACGUCAUCAUCAACAAUAGAUGGCGCACUGUUCAAAUGAAACAGAGAAACCCUUCGCAAUAUUUUGACGAUGAUGAAAAACUUUAUAAAUGUGACAAAUGUAUGUUUACGACUGCACAUAAAACAAGUAUAACACGUCAUGUUGAUGUCAUGCAUGGCGAUAAGAAAAACUCUGGUGUUUUUCAUUGUGAUCAGUGCCCUAAAAAAUGCAGGACUGCUUAUCUUUUGAAUGAGCAUAUACAUGGGAAACAUCAGGCUGGCUAUAUGUGUGAUCUGUGUGGAAAAAAGUUAGGAACAAAAGGUGGUUUGAGACACCACAAGAGAGAAAUACAUGAGGGAAGAUUCAGAUUUGUCUGUAAAAUUUGUGACAUGAAAUUCAGAAGUGGGGAAGCGAUGGAUGGACACAUGAAUUCAGUUCACACAUUGAAAGCACCCUACAUUUGUGAAAAAUGCGCAAGAUCAUACUACCAUAAACGAUCACUUAAAAAUCACUUGAAAUUCUGUGUUGGACCUAAAGGAAAACCAACUAUUAUAACAUGUGAUUUUGACGGGUGUGGGCUAACGUUCUUGUCAAAUGGAGGCAAGAUUGACCAUAUAGCAGCUAUGCAUACCAACAAACAGCACAUAUGUAACGUAUGUUCAAAGUCUUACCCAUAUAGAUCAUCACUGACUAAGCAUAGGAGAGCCAUGGGCCAUAAGAAAUUCCCAAACAUUAAGAAAGAAAAAGUUGAAAUAGAUGAUGGUGAAAUUGAACCAGUGGAAGAUAUGGGCAUUGGUGUUGAGGCUGCAGUAGUGGAGAAAGAUAACAUUGUUGAUGAUGAUGAUGAAAUACCAGAAAAAGAUGGCACAUUUGAUGAUGGAGAUAAUAAUAAUCAGGAUGAACUGGACAUUUAAAGUUUUGACAAUAAAACAAAAGAGUAGAACAAUAUCAAAAGAAUCAGCAGUGAGAAUUAUAAUACAAUGGUGGAUUGAUUAAGAAACAAUCAAUUGAAAUUCAAAGAGACUGAUUGUAUAAAACAACUGAGCAUUGAUAAGGUAUUCAGGGCUCUCACCAGGAAAUAUUUAGGGUGUGGUAGAAACGUCUUAAUGGUUCAAUCCUUUUUACAUGCUAAUAUUGUGUAUUCAGUAGAGUUUAGACUGUG